GGAGCGGGAGAGAGGGGUCCACCCAGCGGCACUCCCCGUCCGGCCGCUGGAGCCGGGUUCUGCCCGGGCCGAGGACAUGGCUGCUGCUUUCCCCGCUGGGGACUCAGACAGCAUCGAAGGGCACGUGGGAUCGACGCCGGAGCCGAGACACGCGAGCUGGCCGUGUACCAUGCGAGGAUGUGCCCGCACCCUUGGUGACCUGCCCGCCCCUGGCCCCGCUGCCUAUCCCGCACGGCGCCAUGGGAGGAUGCUUCUCCAAGCCCAAACCAGUUGAAGUGAAAAUUGAAGUUGUGAUACCUGAGAAGGAGAGAAGCAAGGAGGAGAUGUCACCCAAUGGGAAAGCCAGCCCCCUGAUCUACAAAGUCAAUGGAACUGCCCGGCACUACCACCUCGAGGAACAUCCAAUUGCCAGCAAUCCCUACCACAACCCAAAGGACAUGGUGGAAGCAUCCGUUUGCCAUGUGAAGGACCUGGAGAAUGGACAGAUGAGGGAAGUGGACCUGGGCUGUGGGAAGGCUCUGCUCAUCAAGGAGAGUGGUGAGUUCCACGCCGUGGGACACAAGUGUCCCCACUAUGGGGCUCCACUGGUCAAAGGGGUUUUGUCCAAAGGAAGAGUCCGCUGUCCCUGGCAUGGAGCUUGCUUCAACAUCGGCACAGGUGACAUUGAGGACUUUCCCGGCUUGGAUAGUUUACCCAGGUUCCAGGUGAAGAUUGAGAAGGAGAAGGUGUACAUCCGAGCAAGCAAGCAGGCUCUUCAGACACAGAAGAGGACAAAGAUGAUGGCAAAGUGCAUCUCCUUGAGCAACUACAACCUGAGCAGUACCAACGUGCUGAUCAUUGGUGCAGGGGCAGCUGGGCUGGUCUGUGCAGAGACUUUGCGCCAGGAAGGUUUCUCUGACCGGAUUGUCAUGUGCACAAUGGACAGACACUUGCCCUACGACAGACCAAAGCUCAGUAAGUCAAUGGAUUCCCACCCUGAGCAGAUUGCCCUGCGCCCCAAGGAGUUCUUCUGCACCUAUGACAUCGAAGUCCUGACUGAAAUGCAGGUUGCAGCUGUGGAUAUCAAGAGCAAGAUAGCCGUGUUCAAAGAUGGGUUUAAGAUGGAAUACAACAAGCUGCUGAUAGCGACUGGAAACAUGCCCAAAGCUCUCAGCUGCAAAGGCAAGGAGAUGGAAAAUGUUUUCAACAUCCGGACGCCCGAAGAUGCCAACCGUGUGGUAAAGCUGGCCACGAGCAAGAACGUGGUUAUCGUGGGAGCAUCCUUCCUGGGGAUGGAGGUGGCUGCCUACCUUGCGGAGAGGGCCCACUCGGUGUCCCUGGUGGAGCUGGAGGAAGUCCCCUUCAAGAAGUUCUUUGGGGAGAGGGUUGGCCGUGCUGUCAUGAAGAUGUUCGAGAGCAACAGGGUGAAGUUCUACAUGCAGACAGAAGUGUCAGAGCUGCGGGAGCAGGAGGGGAAGCUCAAGGAGGUUGUGCUGAAGAGUGGGAAGGUCCUGCGUGCCGACGUGUGUGUUGUUGGUGUUGGUGCAGUUCCAGCAACGGGCUUCCUCAAGCAGAGUGGCAUCAAUAUCGAUUCCAAGGGCUUCAUUGUGGUCAACAAGGUGAGCCCAGGGGCAGCCCCUGUGGGAGGGAGAGCAGGAGGAACUGGGUCACCUCUCCUCACAGAAGAGCUUCCCGGGGACUCCAAACUGCUGCCACAGAUGAUGCAGACCAACAUCCCCGGGGUCUUUGCUGCUGGAGACGCUGUCACGUUUCCGUUGGCCUUGAGGAAUAACAAGAAGGUGAACGUCCCCCACUGGCAGAUGGCCCACAUGCAUGGCCGUAUCGCUGCACUCAACAUGCUGGCCCAUGGCACAGAGAUCAACACUGUCCCAUAUUUGUGGACUGCUAUGUUUGGGAAGAGCAUCCGGUAUGCGGGCCAUGCGGAAGGAUUCGAUGAUGUUGUCAUUCAGGGAGAUUUAGAUGAACUGAAGUUCGUGGCAUUUUAUACCAAGAGCGAUGAGGUGGUGGCUGUGGCCAGCAUGAACUACGACCCGAUCGUCUCCAAGGUGGCUGAGGUCCUGGCUGCUGGCAGGACCAUCCGGAAGCGCGAUGUGGAGCUGUUUGUCCAUCAUGGCAAAACUGGAGACAUGUCCUGGCUAACAGGGAAAGGCUCCUAAUACUGCUGGUGGCCGUGCCGUCCUGAUGCUGCACUUGCUGUGGGGAGACAGGACAGCAGCUCCACAACCCGGUGGGAAACCCAUGGCUCAGCCAUUUCCCUUUGAGACCUGGAUGAACCCAUGCCUGACACUGUGCACUGACCUUCCCAGGAGGACCUCCUAUGGCACCUCUGCCCCGGUGCUUGCUGGGCUAGGGCUCUGUUAUUGCAAUUCCCGUGGGACUAGAAAAGCAGCCCUCAGAGACUGUGGGGUUUGGCUGUGGCAAUGGGCAUUGGUGCCAUGUGGCUCCAGAUGCUGCCAUUGGGCUGAGGAUCUCCAGGCAGAUCUGCCCCAUGCACGUCCCUCACCUCUGUAACCAGCAUGAGUGCCUUUGGGUGCUCCUGUGCUUUCAUGCAUGAUGCUCCUUCCCAAAUUCUCUUCGCUCCCAGCACAGUUCUGAUGUGCAUCCCCACAGAGCCUGACAUCUGCUCCCUCCUUGCUUGGUUGCAGGGUUUGCCACGGCUCUGCCUGUGCUCACCCACUCUAGGGGGCAUCUGGGUGGGCAGGAGGUGGGGUCACACCGGGGGGUCUCUGUUCAGCCUGUGAUUGUGUGGUCCAGGCUGGUCCUGCCCAGUCUCCCCCAGCAGAGGUGGGUCCCUGCCCAUGCUGAGGGCUCUGGAGCUCAUUGGUCCCAUCCCAGCACCUGCAGCUCUUGGUCCAUCCCCAGGGUGUGGAGCAGGAGUCCCUGGAGAGCUGGGAAAGCAGCUCAGCUGCAGCCUUGGACUUGGUGGCCACCCUUCCAGUCAGCCUUGGGAUGUCUCUCCUUGAUGACAUCAUGGGAUUGGUGCUGCUGCUGCUGAGGCGUUACUUGAGGAAAAGUAGCCGGAGGAGCUGUCCAUCGUCUGUCACUUGUCUGUCCUGUCGUCUAGUGACAAGGCUGCAUUUCUCAGCCCACCAUGCAAGUGCUCUGCUGUCCUGUUUCUUGCCCUUGCUGAAGAAGAGCUGUGUCUCCAGCUCAGGAGUGGACCUGGCCAGCCACAGCCCUGUGUCUGUCAACCCAACAGAGUGGGAGGGUGAGGAUCUCCUCAGAGAGCUUCCAGUGCUUUGUCCUGGGGGCGACUCCUUCCCCAGCAGUCAGUGUUUUACCCUGAGUCCAAAACAAGAGAAUUUAUAUUUUUAAUUUGAUUAGCCCCCUAUGAAUUAAAGCAAUACUAUUCUUGG